UCCUUCCCUCAGUGACGGCUGGAAGGCAGCAGGUUCAGCUCACCCAACCUCAGAUUAUGUGUACAUACUACUUCGCGUUCGCAGGCAGCUUUUCUUUGAUGUAUUUUUAGGUUGUUCUACUCACUUCUACAAGCGGCUGACUUCCCGGGUUCACCGGGGGAAGGAAAGUACGGGUACAGUGUCGUUUUCCGGUCUGAAGAUAGUAACUUGGCUAAAGUAUUUCCGGAAACAUGGAGGCUGUUGUGAGUGAAGUCGUGGCUCCCGAGGACCUGUCGAAAUUUGAGAAGAAGUACAAUGGGGAGUUGGCUAAGGGGAGUGUGUCCAAGGAAACAAAGUUUGAGUAUGCUUGGUGUUUGAUUCGGAGCAAGUACCCCGGGGAUAUCAAGAAGGGAAUAUCGAUGCUGGAAGACCUGGUUCAGAAGACCCCAAAGGAUGACCAAAGAGACUACUUAUUCUACCUUUCUGUUGCAAACUACAGACUAAAGGAGUAUGAAAAGGCUCUGAAGUAUAUCCGCACUCUGCUCAGAAAUGAGCCAGGGAACACGCAGGCCCUGGAGCUGGAGAAACUCAUUGACAAAGCCCUAAAGAAAGAUGGAUUGGUUGGGAUGGCGAUCGUGGGAGGCAUCGGCCUGGGCGUGGCUGGUUUAGCAGGCCUCAUCGGUUUGGCUGUGGCAAAGACCAAAUCCUAAUAAGAAGCAGGGAGGUGUCUGGCUUCAUUCUUUCCUCCUACAGAAGACUGUCAUGCCCCUGUGAAACCUUUCUACAAUUACUGAUUCAGACUGGGUCACUUGAUGUUAGACCAGUUUCAUGCAGCUUGACUACAUUAAACUACUCAACUAAAUUAUUUCUUCCCUCACAGAUAAUAAUAAUAAUGGGAGUGACUUUAAUCUUCAAAAUUUAUGUCGUUUCUGUUUAAAAGUAUGGUUUAUGUUUACCUUUACUGUCCAGCCUACAUUUUUCAAUUUCAAUUAAGAAAUGAAUCAUCUUUUGGGACACCAUAUUAGUGUUAUCACCCCCCUUGGGUUUGAAAUGGAAAGCUUUUGGAAGUUAAUUUAUAUGGUAGGCUUUGUCAUUUGUUGUGUACUAAAGGUUUUCAGUUUGUAGUUGGUUGAGCUCUAUAUUGCCACUGGAAAAUAAAACUGUGGUUUAUUUAGAAUACAUGCAUUUGUUCUUAUAUUUUGUUAUAUAUUGUUCAUAUUUGUCCCAAUAGAAGAGGCUCCAAUUGUGAGUGAACUGGGGCUGGCUGUUUCUCCUAACUUCAAGGCCUUGACUGCGAUGCAUAUCAUACACUAAAACUUUAACAGGACAGAGCUUGUUUUGCAGUGGUUUAAUAUGAGCAGAUGGUCAAACAUUGGCCUUGGGAACAAGCUCUUCACCCAAUCCCUUGAACCCUCAUGAGAUUUUUUCGCAAAAUCACAUAUUUCAAGAUGAUCUUUAAUUAAAUCAGUUCUCCAAACCAUAAUGUUCUGUCUUUCAAUAAAAGACAGCCAAACAAAAUUAGAAGCUGAAUUUUGCUAGGUUGUCUAAAUUGACUUUUAAAAUAGCUUGUCUACAUAGUUUUUAUAUUUUAAAUUCUCAUAGAUUAAUGAAACGGACCAUGAAUAUUUAGGCCUAAUUAAUGGAUGUGCCAUUAUGUUAAUAUGGAAUACACUGUGCACUAUGGUUACUCAUAGAAUGAAACUACAACCCAUGUAUGCUAACUUUAUAACCAUAGCUUUUGAAUGUAUUUAUUAAAUGGUAGCAGAAUGUUUUUGGGGAAAGAUUUCUGAAUUUAUACAAAGGGCAUAUUUACUUCACUAGUACUUAGUGUAUUGUGUGUAUGUGAUAUUGAAGGUGUCUUUAUAGGUGUCCUUGGAAAUUUUAUUAUAUUGUAGAAGUUCUCUUCAAGUGUCCCGUUACAGUAAUUGUAUCGAUCAGUCCGGUGAAUGCUCUGACUUUCCCACAGCCAGAAAGCCCUGCCAAGUCACAUACUUAUGAAGUGCUGGGGCCCCAUUGUACACUGUCAGAACAGUCAGUCCCUCUCUCUCUCUCUCUCGCUCGCUCGCUCGCUCGCUCGCUCUCUCGCUCUCGUUCUCUCUCUCUCUCGCUCAUAUUUUUAAUUUAUUUUUCAUUUAUUUUUUCUUCUCCUGAAUGCCAUGUCUUUCAUUACACAUUAGGCUCUGAAAGUGACAUCUUCAGCAGCUACUGAAGACCUUUUAAACAGCAAUCACAGGAUGUUAACUCGAUCCUCUUAGUUGUUUCACAAUUUCACUGUUAACACGGGGCUUUUCAAAAAUGGAAUGAUAUAUAUAUGGAGAUGUAAGUGGCUUGGGUAUGUGAAUGUGUUUGAAUAGCUAUGAUGUAGCCAGGGGUAGGAGACAUUUGUUGACAUUUUAUCAUAUUUCUUCUGGUCACCCUUACACAGUGAAUGAGACUGAAGUGACUGAGGAUUGAACAAGUUGUAUCCUGUUUUUGUCUCUCAUGGGUAUUAUGUUUAAUGAUUUUUUAAAAAUAAAUUCCAUAAGUUGAAACAUUGGUUUUCAUAUCGAUUUUUAAUUCAGCAUAUUGUUUGAGCUUUUAUACAGUAGAUAGAAAACUCAAAGAUAUUGGAUCAUUGAAAUCCCACCAUAUAUUGUAGAAAUCAAUUGGAAAUAAAUUGUGUGAAUACUAGCAGUGGUUAAUACUAGCAGUCUCACAAGUUUCUGUCAAAGGAAGUUUGUUGCCAAAUGCAAGUCUCUGAAUGUUUUCUUGAUUUGUUUAAUUGUAAAUAAAUAUUUUAUGCACUAAAUAA